UGUCUCUGCGCAAGACUAGAUGGAAGUUCUUUGAGUUCCAGGUUCUAAGUUUCGGUCUCCCUCCCCUCCCGGGUCGGCUCCGCAAAAAGGGGGAGAUGUUCAUUGCCAAGGCAGAAUUGCUUGGAGCAACGCGCAACCUGGAAAGCCUCAGCCAGGCAGAUAUCUAACCGUACUAUAUCCUCCGCCAUUCUCCCUUUCUCCUUUUUCCUUUAUUCCUUGAUUAAGCAUUCUCCCCCGGUCUGUCAUGAAUAUCAUCAAGCUUCAGCGGAAAUACCCGCAAUUCCAGCAAUCUGAAAUCUUCGGGCUUCAGGAUGCUUUCCGAAAACUCGACGUUGACGACAAGGGCUAUCUUGACGAGGCGACAGUCAUCAAGGCGACGCAGCAGUCCGAGCACCAGCCUUACGAUGUGGUCCGGCAGGCGUUGAAAGAGGUGGAGCUUGACAGCUCAAGGAGGGUAGAGUUGGAGGAUUAUGUAGAUCUCAUCGCAAAGCUCCGCCAGUCUUCCCCCGCCCAGCAGCGCUUGCACACCGGAGGUCGCGCAGGAGCUGGCGCCGGUCCCGGAAGCGCUCCCGUGACUCCCGGACACACCCAUAAAGGUAGUCAUGGAGGUGGAAAGAUUCAGGUCCAAGGAUCGUCUGCGAACGUAACCCAUACCAUCAAUGAGGAUGAGCGAACCGAAUUCACGCGGCACAUCAAUGCGGUACUGGCAGGCGACCCCGACAUUGGCGACCGACUUCCUUUCCCGACCGACACCUUCCAGAUGUUCGACGAGUGCAAGGACGGCCUCGUAUUGGCCAAGUUGAUCAAUGAUAGUGUGCCGGAUACGAUUGACGAGCGUGUACUGAACAGGCCGGGCAAGAAGAUCAAGUCGCUAAACGCUUUCCACAUGACGGAAAACAACAAUAUCGUCAUCGAAUCAGCGAAAGGCAUAGGCUGCUCAGUCGUGAACAUUGGCAGUGGAGACAUUAUUGAGGUUCGCGAACAUCUGAUUCUGGGCCUGAUUUGGCAGAUUAUCAGAAGAGGUCUGCUUGGUAAGAUUGAUAUUAAGCUGCAUCCCGAGUUGUACCGACUCUUGGAGGAGGAUGAAACGUUGGAGCAGUUCUUGCGGCUGCCGCCUGAGCAGAUCCUUUUGAGAUGGUUCAACUACCACUUGAAGAACGCCAAGUGGCAUAGAACUGUAACGAAUUUUUCGAACGACGUCAAGGAUGGCGAGAACUACACCGUGCUUCUGAACCAACUCGCCCCGGACCUCUGCUCUCGCGCUCCGCUGCAGCAACGUGAUCUCCUCCAGCGCGCCGAACAAGUCCUCCAAAACGCGGAUGCCCUCGGCUGCCGCAAAUUCCUGACACCCACCUCCCUCGUGGCUGGCAACCCUAAACUCAACCUCGCCUUCGUCGCCAACCUUUUCAACACUCACCCCGGUCUCGACCCAAUCACCGAAGAGGAGAAAGCCAACAUCGAAGACUUUGAUGCCGAAGGCGAGCGCGAAGCACGCGUCUUCACCCUGUGGCUCAACUCUUUAGACGUGCAACCCGUCGUCCAGUCUUUCUUCGAAGACCUGAAGGACGGCACCAUCCUCCUCCAAGCCUACGACAAAGUCAUUCCCGGUAGCGUAAACUGGCGCCACGUGAACAAACCCCCGCCAAGCGGCGGCGAAAUGAUGCGCUUCAAAGCCCUCGAGAACACAAACUACGCCGUCGAGCUCGGAAAACAGAACGCCUUCUCUCUCCCUGGUAUCCAGGGUGCAGACAUCACGGACGGCCAGCGCACACUUACCCUGGGUCUCGUAUGGCAGCUCAUGCGCAGAGACAUUGUCAACACGCUCCACGGCCUCGCGCAACGCCUCGGCAAGCGCGAAAUCUCGGACCAAGACAUGAUCAAAUGGGCCAACGACAUGGCGCGCAAGGCCGGCAAGGGCAGCCAGAUCCGCAGCUUCAAGGACUCGUCGCUCGGCAACGCCAUCUUCCUCCUCGACGUCCUCGCCGGCAUGAAGAGUUCCUAUGUCGACUAUGACCUUGUGGCUCCGGGGCGGAAUGACGAGGAUGCGUAUGCGAAUGCAAAGUUGGCGAUUAGUAUUGCGCGGAAGAUGGGGGCGACGAUCUGGCUGGUCCCUGAGGAUAUUGUGGCGGUGCAGAGUCGGCUGAUUACGACGUUUAUUGGGAGUUUGAUGGCGACGUAUGAGAGGAUGGGAGGGCAUUAGUGGAAGAUUGGUUGGGAAGUGAAGGGUUGUGUGGAGUGGGGUGGGCUGGGUGGACGGGAGUGAGAGCGGUUGCGUGUUUUUGAUUGUUCCUUCCCUACUUCUUGAGCCCUGUUAUGCUGCUGUUCCCUUGUUUUCAGUGGGCGAGAUGGCCUGGCGUAGAGGAAAAAAUCCAACAAGUAUAUAUACUGUUCGAACUGUGGUGUUCUUUUCUUCGGGGACCUGCAUGAAUGGAGACGUUCAGCUUGAAAUAGAUAGUAGAGUGACAGCGGCGAGGUCAACGUUGGAGGUUGAGGCUGCUAAUAAUCCUCGUA